GUGAGCUUAUUAAUAGAAAUAACAUACAGAAACGUGACUGCGGUUGCUUGCUAUAGUGUGUUGAACCGAGUUUAUUUAAAUAAUUAUGGCAAGUGGAGUUGCUCGAAUUAUUUACCGAUGUGAAGAGGCUAUGCAAACGCAACAUUUAGAUCUUUCGGAUUGCCAGAUGGUACACAUAGCCGAAGGGGUGUACCAUCUGAUGAAAGAAACGGAAGUUAAAACUCUCAACAUCAGCGGAAACGUACUCACAAAGAUUUCCCCCAGACUGGUUGUGAAAUUCGGCCUUCUCCAAGAUCUGGACAUAUCCAGGAACCAGAUCGCUUCACUCCCAAACGAAAUUUCUGCCUUGGCACACCUGGAGAGGUUGAACAUUUCCAGUAACUGCUUCAUAGAAAUACCAGAAUGUGUUUAUAGGUUACCUUGCCUGAAGGAACUUGAUGCUAGCAAAAACAGAAUAACAGAUAUCGACCACGAGAAUUUGAGGAACGCAACAUUUUUAAGCAACCUGAACCUGACAGAUAAUCCAUUGACCAAAAAAUGUAUCGAGAAUUUGCCACAAGGUGGAAUUAUUUUCACAAUGCCUCAAGAGCAAGAAGAUUGGGAAGAUUUGAACGUUUGAAGUUUUAUCUUUCAAAUUACAAUUACCUUAAUUAAUAAAGAAAUAUAAGAAUGUGA